CUCGAGUCAACUGAUCGCGAUCUAUGACCGUUCAACUGGGCCAAGUCGAAGCGACUUGACCAUAUCGAACAACAGUACUCCAGAGCUCUCUGCGAAUGCUUAGGCUGGUGCAACAGUAUUCGGCCUCCCUUGUACCAACUCGCCGUCGUUUCACACUCGACUCUUUGACACGCCCACGGGCCUUCCUUCCUAGGACCACCACACACAUCAUUCCCGACCUCGAAUCCAUCGCUUCGGACAAUUAUCGAUAAAGAAAAGAGCCCGUCAUCUGUCUGUCAGGCGCUGUCAAUAUGGGCUUCAACGAUUCGCGGCGCAGGCUGCUACGACAGUUGAAUUCGAGAUACAUCUAUGGGAAAUAUCCACUUCUACAUGCCAUCGUGGCGUUUGUCGAACUCGCGAUGAUCUCGAUACUGGUGCGCGGCUUCAAUACCUCCUAUGCUCGUCGCCCUGUGCUCACAACCAUGAUCACCAAUGCGGUCCUGGGUGGUAUCGCAGAUACUGUCGCACAAACGCUCACUGCAAUUAAACGGCGGGCUCGACAGAAGGCGCUUGAUCCGGACAGCGUGCAGAGCGACUUCCUCUCAAUAGAGAUUCAAGAGUUAGACAGAAAGGUUCCCUGGCCGGAAGAUGACUAUAUGCUACCAGCCUCUAAGCGAGGCCCACCACCAUUCGAUUUCGAGCGGACUGUGCGGUUCAUGUCGUAUGGUUUCAUCAUGGCGCCUAUUCAACAUCACUGGUUUGCAUUCUUGGGCAAGACGUUUCCGGUGGUUGCUGGAAAGAAAACUUCGAAUGUGCUGAGGAUGGUGGCUAUGGAUCAAUUCAUUUUUGCGCCAUGCAGCUUGGCAUUCUUCUUCACAUUCAUGACAGUCACUGAAGGCGGCGGUCGACGAGCGGUUCUGAAGAAGUUCGAAGAAGUAUAUCUUCCAGCACUCAAAGCCAACUUCUUGGUGUGGCCUUUAGUGCAGAUUCUCAACUUCAGAUUAGUACCGAUGCAGUUUCAGAUCCCUUUCGUAGCGACGAUAGGAAUUUUCUGGACCGCGUAUCUCUCGAUGUCAAAUUCGUCGGACGAACCUGUAGCCAGUCCUGCGGUGUCGGCAUGAUGAUUAUGUGUAUACACAGCGUUUUCCUCCGGAUAUUUGGGCA